UGCAUCAAGCCCCAACCAAAAUCAGAUCAGACCGCAAGCAACAGUGAGCCCUGCCGCACCUGGACUUAUUCACCAACCGCUGCCUUCAUCAGUGCCAACAGGCUUCCCCCGAAGCACCCAACGUCCACAGUCGGCAGUAUCACGGCCUCCGUCCUUAGCCAGGGUCAACACCUUGCCAAUUCGUACCCAUCAGCAACCACAACGCCAUUUACAACGAACGGCGACUGUAUAUACACCCUCCAAUCAACAUGUGAACCAUUUGAGCUUCCAAACAACUGGACAGCCGCAAUCUCCAGCGAUGAGCAGCCCCACAGGCUCAACAACACCAUUGACAGCCAACUCCAUAACCGAAACUUCUGCUCCGGCAAUCAAACAGGGAUCCCGCCAAACGUCUCCGUCUAUACCUGUCUUAUUUGCAGCACAGGGCAGACCCCAACGCACUUCUGUGUCUGGUGCUACACAUCUGGCUCAGCCGCCACAUCUCACAGCCACGAUAAAGCCUUUUUUGUCACAGACUCUGAUCUGCUCAUUCUGUUACCUGCCAAUCCUGAGGUAUCCGCAAAUCUUUGGACAAUACGGAGAAAUGUAUUCGGCACAAUCUGGUACACGCACAAAGCUACAGGACAACGCACACACGUGAAGCCAAAUCCAAGCGCGGUCAUCCGGUCGGAAGGUCUGCCCGCCGGAUGGGCUGAGCACAAGUCGCCGGAAGGACGUGUUUAUUUCUUCAAUGGCAUGACAGGAGCCAGUCGGUGGGACAGGCCACCCGGCUCCCUUCCUAAUGGUUGGAAAGAGAUGCGGACACCAGACAUGGUUCGAUUUUAUGUCAAUGAAGCUCUGGGACUUUCCACUUGGGACCGCCCAGGAGAACCGCCGAAGCCCAAUCAGUCGUCCGCGCAGUCUCCAGCUUCCAAAUCCUCAAAGUCCAAGUCUGCGGCAGACAGUACCCGUGCGGUUGUAGCUCCAAAACCGGCUGGUGGUGGAAUGUCCAAGAUGUUUGGUAAAUUGGGCAAUGCGCGGAACAUCAUGAAGGUUGCCAAACUCGGUAUGAAGCUUGCCGAAGGAGACUUUGAGGGAGCGGCAGAGGAUGGCCUCGAAGGUGACGAUGGUGGCGAUGAUGAUGAGGAACUAGACGAGGAGCAGGACGAAGAGGAGGUUGAGACGGUUGAAGAUGGGCCUGGUGAGGACGGAGUCGAUGAUUCUUUAAGCCAGCCAACCCAACCAUUUCAACAAUCAGUUUAUCAUGAGCAGUCCGUGGUCCAACAGCCUGUCUAUGAUCAGGCAGCUUAUGAACAGCCCACUUAUGAACAACAAGCCUACGGACAAUCUCUGUAUGGGCAACCCGUCGGGGAACAACCGCUCUACGGGCAGUCUGUAUACGAGCAGCCUGUUUACGAGCAGCCCAUGCCUCUGACUCAACAGUCCGGCUUUGAACACAGUGUUGGAAUCUCCCAGGACCAGUCUGCUCUUCCUCCAGAUCAAGAAGGCUACCCACCAGGAAUCUUACAGCAAGAUUUUCAGCAACAGCAACAAAUUCUAGAACAGCAAAUUGUAUAUGAGCAAACCACCACGUCUCUGCCGUUACAUAGCGAACAGCAAAUAUUUUAUGAGCAGGCCGAUACUUGCCUGCAAUCGUCCUACCAACAGCCGACAGUACCAAUAUCCAGCCCGCAAGCAUAUGACCAACCUUGUCUUCCUGAAGGCGAGCGACAAGUCUACCAGCCGCAGGAAGUUCUACCCCCAGUCUCGAUUCCAGAGCAGACCGUUUUCAUAGAACAACAACAACUUCCGUAUCCUGAAGGCUUGACGACUGCUCCCCUCAUAGAGCCUGCAAUUAUCACAAAUGGGGAUAUGAGUCAACAAACGAUAACGCCAGUGAACUUCCAAGGCCCUCUACCACAAGAGCCAAUAGGCGCAACAUGUGGUCCAAGUGAGGAGCCGGCUCUAGAUCAAUUCCUGGUGUACGCCAACCCGGGAUCAGACAUGAAAAUGCCUUCAGUGUCUGUAACUUCACAGCCUGAUCAACUGGCAACGAUAGUGAGCAUUCAAGACCUCCCUUCUAUCUCAGUGACGCUUGAAGCUGAUGUUAACUUGCAGGAGCCAUCUGCUGAACUUUGCAAUAACUCAUCCUUGCAACCUCUCACACCAGAAGCAGUGACCAUGAAUGAAGCCGGACUGCCGGUAGGGGCUCAUCCUAUCUCGGUUACACCAACAUGGAUAGGGCUG